AAGUACACUGGAUGCUGCUUACAAGUUAGUUGUGCUGUAGCACUCAUACUUGAUGUAAAGAAAUACAGAGUCAACACUUUGGAGCCAAAUCUUUAGUCUGGAUUUGUGUGCUAAUUACAGUCAACUUCGAUCCCGAUUAAGAAAAUCAUAAAUAGUAGCAAAAGACUGAUGAUUAUCUUGCAUGCUUUUACUCCAUUAAUUAUAAACAAACCCUGGUAAUGUCUCUGGAAAGAGAGAUUUCAACGUCCAUACAUAAAAGAAAUCAUCUGAAAAAGGUCUAAGCCAUGGUUAGAAUCUUGAUUUUUUUAAUCCCUUCAUUAGUGUCUUCAAGAUGAAUAAAUAAAGAAAAUUAGAAGGUGGGUAGGUUUUAUGCUUUUAUUGGCCAACUGCUCCCUAUGAAGAAUCAAUUCUUUGUGAGAUUAAGAGAAAAUUUUUCUGAGCUCUCUAUAAAAAAAAUGCUGUGAUCAUUGAAGAAGAAUAAGAUAUUGUUGUCAUAUUGACAUAUGUUCAUAACCUGCAGGCCUGCAUUGAGUUAUAAUAUCAUGGCAAUAGACAUAAUCAUCUUGUUGGGCAGGUUUGGUUGAGUGUAACUUCUUUAAACUCAUCUUAAAAAUGGCAUAUAUUCAGAGCUUGUACACACCUCUUACUAUACUGGGUUAAUCUGCAUAAUUAUGUUUGAACAGUUCCUGUUCUUGAACUCGUAUUUUGAUUUUAUUGAAUGUAUUCUUUUUUCAGGGUUUUGGGGUUUUACUGAUCAAUGAAACCCACGCUAUGCAUGUCUUAAUCACUUCAUUAGGGCAAUUAUUGAACUGCAGUAUGAUGUUUUAGCGAUAUGGGUUCGACACAAAUCAAUAUUAACCACAUUUUUAUGUUAAUUAAAGUGGGGUUGUAGCAGGGCCACACUCUUUGGAUUCACAUCAACAUUCAUAGCUUUAGAAAAGAGGGGGAGAGGAGAAAAAAAAACAAUAAAAAAGAGAAAAUCUUCACACAAAACAUCUAGUUCUUUACUGGUUCUGCUUUGUAGAAAGCUUUUGGAAGUUUCAUAUUCUCAGUAGGGAAGGCCCACAGGGGCUGAAUUUGGAAGGCGUGCACCUACUUUGCUUAUGAUUUGAGUUAAAAGAGUGUCCAACAAAAGCACUACAAAGAAACCCAUCCUCUUCUACUCAACUUUUGCUCUCUAAUCUUUACAUAUACCCAAAAAAGACAUUGUUGUACUGCGACUACAAAGUAAUAUCUGAAACUUGUCUUUAAUUUUCUCUUUUCAGUGUUCAUUUUACCUUCCCAUCCACCAUUCUAUAUUAUAAAGAUUUAUUAAACCUGUGUUUGGUGAUGGGGUGUUAAAGCUUUAAUAUCAUGUUUGGUUAGGGAUGUUUAUUUUUUGGAAAUGGGCUUUUUUAGGGUGAAUGAGUUGGCAUGAGUGUGAGUCUAAAGGGCAGGUGGGGUUUAAGAAUUGGGUUUGUUUUCAGAGCAGGAGUGGCAAUAUUCUCAGUCAAAAGACAUCAUUUGAUGGGGAAAAUGUUGGAUGGAAAAGAAAAAGAAGAAGAAAAUGAAGAAAUGAAAAGAGAAAUUUCUCUUUUGGAAAGAGAGAAAAGACAUGGCUAAAACCCUUCCCCACAUUGGUCACACUGAAUAAUCACUUCCCCAACACAUUAUUAUCACGAAUCCAUGUUAGAGGAAUCAUGAAAGCUGACAAACACAAUACUCCUCCCCAAACGCUUUCCUUUCUUGUUCACCUUCUCCCUUAUAAAAAUGGAGAAAAUGGACUCAUCACUCUAUUAAAAACCCCCAUCUCCACCACCUCUACUCUCCACUCCCAACACUUCUCUCUCUCUCUCUCUCUCUCUCUCUCUCUCUUUCUCUAUAUGGCCAACUUAGCCACUUUGUUUACAGUAUUACUCAGCUUAUUGUGCUAUUCUCAAACUGGGUUUGCCUUGGUGCAAUGGCCUGGAGGAACAUCAACUAGGUUCUAUGAUUUCAAGGUACAAACCAUGAGAGUUACCAAGCUCUGUAACACCAAGGAAAUCGUCACAAUCAAUGGCAUGUUUCCAGGUCCAGUAGUUUACGCUCAAGAAGACGAUAGGGUGAUAGUGAAGGUCACCAAUGAGACACCAUACAAUACCACAAUUCACUGGCAUGGCAUCCGGCAGAGGCUGUCUUGUUGGUCAGACGGGCCAUCCUAUAUCACCCAAUGCCCCAUCCAGGCAGGCCAAACUUUCACGUAUGAGUUCACAAUAGUGAAGCAGAAGGGCACUCUCCUGUGGCACGCUCAUGUUUCAUGGCUUCGAGGCACUGUCUAUGGCGCCAUUGUCGUGUACCCAAAAACUGGGGUGCCCUACCCUUUCAAGUACCCUUAUGAAGAGCACAUCAUCCUCCUAGGGGAGUAUUGGGUUAAGGACCUCGUCCAACUUGAGCGGCAAGUUCUGGCCAGCGGUGGAGGUCCUCCACCUGCCAAUGCAUUCACCAUCAACGGUCACCCAGGCCCCAACUACAACUGUUCCAAAAAUGACGUCUACAAGAUUGAUGUAGUUCCUGGGAAGACGUAUCUCUUAAGGGUAAUAAAUGCGGGUUUAAACAUGGAGAACUUCUUCGCCAUUGCCCAUCACAAGCUGACGAUUGUUGAGGUUGAUGCUGAGUACACAAAGCCUUUCACCACAGACCGGGUGAUGCUCGGACCGGGCCAGACUAUCAAUGUCCUUGUCACCACCGAUCAACCUAUAGGAAAAUACUCCAUGGCAAUGGGAGCUUACAUGUCAGCUAAAGGUGUUAAGUUCCAAAACAUAUCAGCAAUCGCCUACUUCCAGUAUUUAGGUGCUGUGCCUAAUAGUAUAGCAUUACCAGCUCAACUACCGAGCUUUAACGAUAACCUCGCUGUUAAGACUGUCAUGGAUGGGUUGAGAAGCCUGAACCCUGUGAAUGUAUCGAAAGAGAUCGACACCAACCUGUUUUAUACUAUUGGAUUGAACGUCCAAAAAUGCAGGUCAAAGACGCCGAAAAAUAACUGCCAAGCUACCAACAAUGGGGUUUUGGCUGCGUCGAUGAACAAUAUCAGUUUCAUUAGACCUAAUAUUUCGCUCCUGGAAGCUUAUUACAAGAAGAUCAAUGGCUACUACACUGAGGAUUUCCCUGAUGUGCCUCUCAAGUUCUAUGACUUUGUCAAUGGGGCUCCCAACAACAUCCCUAAUGACACUCAGGCUUUGAAUGGGACUAGGACCAAGGUUCUUGAAUAUGGAACCAGGGUACAAGUCAUCUUACAGGACACGGGAACCGUCAGCACCGAGAACCACCCGAUUCAUCUUCAUGGGUUCAGCUUCUACGUUGUAGGGUAUGGAACCGGAAACUAUGACCCCCAGACGGCUAAUUUCAACUUGGUUGACCCUCCUUACAUGAACACCAUUGGAGUUCCAGUGGGUGGAUGGGCUGCCAUUCGGUUCGUCGCUGACAACCCAGGCGUUUGGUUCAUGCACUGUCACUUGGAAAUACAUUUGUCAUGGGGAUUGUCUAUGGUAUUCAUAGUGAAGAAUGGGCAUGGAGAGCUUGAGACACUUCCUCAUCCACCAGCGGACCUCCCACGGUGCUAGGACAGUUGGGUUCACUGGAGAAAGAAAAAUGGAUUGCCCUGAUCUUCCCCAUCAAGGAUUCUUUGACGCAAGUGUGUGAUACAUGUGGUCCAAACAUGAAAACAAAAAUGUAGUAAAGAUUGGAUGAAUAAAACUGCAAAAUUCUCUUGCUUCA